CCUUUUACAUGCAUGCUUUCAUACUGAUUCAUAUGCAAUACUUGAGUUGUAACUGAUGCCACAAGCAAAGGGAGAUAAGUUACCAUUUCUACAAUCAACCAUUUUUCACGUUAUAAUUCCUCCAUUAAUCAACAAUCUUUUAAGAAUACUACUUUGAAUACAUUCAAACAUCAUAUCAACAAGUCUUAGCUCAAGUUUUUGCUUCUGAAACAUCAUAUUCAUAUCCCAUGUCCUCUCCUCUGUUACUUCAGAUCCCAAAGAGUGUUUCUCUAUCUCCCCCAUUCCGUAACUUUAUCUCUCGCAUCAGCAAUUCGAUCUACCGUGCAUACUCCCGACAACGCCCAUGGUCAGAACUCUUUGAAUAUGCUGCAUGUUCUCGUCCUUGUUCGUUCUCUGAUGCCACAACAAGGAUCCGUAAGAAUCUUUCCUAUUUCGGGAUCAACUACCUUACACUCCUUGGUGGUGUGCUUGCUUUUUCUCUAUUGUCUCACCCGCUCUCCCUCAUUACUCUCCUACUUCUCCUUUCUGCUUGGAUCUUUUUUUACUUCUUUAAACCAUCUGAGCAGCCAUUGAUCAUCUUUGGCCGCACACUAUCAAACAGUGAAAUAUUAGCCAUCUUGGUGAGCGCCACAAUCGUUGUGAUGUUCUUUACCAGUGUUGCAUCUUUGCUGAUUUAUGCUACACUAAUUAGUGGGGCUAUUGUGUGCCUUCAUGGUGCUUUCAGAGAUCCAGCAGAUCUAUUUCUCAACGCACAAGAUGGAACUUCUUCGUCCAGUUUCUUUUCUAUUGCUAAUGCUGCUUCAAUCACAUCGGCUCAUGCCUCUAUGCGUGAUGCUGUUUCCAUAAUCUAGAAUCUGAUUUCAGAUCUCAUUAUCUCAAUGCUUCUCAGUUAUGAGGGUAUUAGUACAUUUAAGCUUCAUUAGAUGUAAUAGUUAUUAUGACCAACAUCAUUAAGUAAAAAAAAAAAGAGUAGACCCAUACUUCAUAUUAUUAUAGGUCUCAUUUCUAUUCUAUAAAUUCUAAAUAAUACAGUAGGUUUUGUAAGUUGAGUUUUUAAAUUUUCCAUCACCCUUUAAAAUGACUAUUUCACCUUGAUUCUACAAAAAUGACCACAGCAAAUAGGACUAAAAAUCGUUUCACAGCAAAGCACACAGCUGCAAUAUUAGUAACAGGUUUGACUUCCCUUCAUAACGGGGCAGAAAAAUCUAGCCAAAGAAGGCAAUAACGAAUCCACAAGUAAUCAACUAGCUCAACACUGAAAGUAAAACACAAU